ACGAUGCUUCGAUAACAGUGAAACGUUAUCGUAGUUCCUGGCACGCUUAGUGUUUACAAGUUUAUACAAUAGCUUAAAACGUUAACAAAAACAUUUCAGAAGUAAUUGUGAUUAAGCGAAGAUUCCUUUUAAGCAUUUCUAGUAAAAAAUUUUUACUCAGAACAUUAGCAAGAGGCAACUAUAAAUAACUUUAGAAAAAUGAUGAGCUAAACUCGAUUUAACCAGCACUGUUUUCUCCUACAACAAAUUAGUUUUAAUUGUAGAUUGCGACUUGAUGUUGACCUUUUUAGGUACAAGGCACUCUUAGAGUUAAAGGUCAUUAAGGAAGUAUUUAUAUUGAAUAUAAUAUAUUCUAUUCAAAGCAGCUCAAGCCAACAUGUAAACAUGGUAAUAAUGAUUUUAGUUAAAUCAUGCUUAGUUCUCUUAUAAACUUGACAAAUGCCUGUAGAAUAAAUCGAUGAGUAUCGUCUUAUCGAUAGUAUUAUAUUGUUGUGAAAUCUGAAAUCACGUAAUUUUCACACCUCUAAUAAAAAUAAUGAUUGUGGCGGGAAUAAAUUGUUUUUCGGUGUAUUUGCUUAAUGUUUAGCUUCUUAAAAUGCUUCCGAUAUGCCAAAUGUGCGCGUUAUAGUUACAGCACUAAACAAACCAAUGAUAUGAAGUAUCUGAAUGUUGCUGAAAAGAAUGAUGCGGCCAAAACCAUCGCUGCCCUAUUAUCAAAUGGAGCUGCCCAUCGGCGAGAAGGCUACUCUGUGUACAAUAAAAUAUUUGAUUUCGAGGCGUCGGUGCGUGGACGAAAUGCCAAAAUGGUCAUGACCUCCGUGUCGGGGCAUUUGAUGCAACUGGAGUUUCUCGUCUCGUAUCGCAACUGGCGGAAUGUUGAUCCUCGUUCGCUGUUCGAUGCGCCCAUACGUAAGAGCGUGGGUGAGAACUAUGAGCCUAUAAAGCGCACUCUGGAACGCGAGAUUCGUGGUUGUCAGGGUUUGAUCAUUUGGACGGAUUGCGAUAGAGAAGGCGAGAAUAUUGGCUAUGAGAUUAUUGACGUGUGCCGUGCCAUUAAACCCAAUUUGACCAUAUAUCGCGCUAGUUUCUCCGAGAUUACAACCACCGCAGUACGGCGUGCUUUGCAACAACUUGGCGAGCCUGACAAGCGCCAGAGUGAUGCAGUUGAUGUGCGCACCGAGUUGGAUCUGCGUACUGGAGCUGCUAUAACGCGAUUUCAGACUCUACGACUGCAGCGCAUGUUCCCCGAAAAGAUUGCCGAUAAACUCAUCUCGUAUGGCAGUUGCCAGAUACCCACUCUGGGAUUUGUCGCUGAGCGUUACAAGGAGAUCGAAGCGUUUGUCUCUGAGGCCUUCUGGAAAAUCAGAGUGCUACACACCAUUGAGGAUCUAACGGUGGAGUUCAAUUGGGCGCGCAAUCGUUUGUUUGACAAGGAGGCCUGCGAGAACUAUCUGCUGCUGUGUCUGGCAGAGCCGGAGCCCCGGGCCACUGUGGAGAGUGUCACCGUGAAGCCCAAACAUAAGUGGAGGCCCACACCUUUGGAUACAGUAGAAAUGGAAAAGUUGGGAUCGCGCAAGCUGAAACUAUCUGCCAAGGAAACAAUGACUAUAGCUGAAAAGUUAUAUAGUAAAGGUUUUAUAAGCUAUCCGCGCACUGAGACGAAUCAGUUCUCCAAGGAAUUCGCUUUGGCACCGCUUGUAGAGCAGCAGACCGGACAUGAAGCUUGGGGAGCGUUUGCCCAGCGUGUUCUUGAAUGGGGUCCAAAUCCCCGCAAUGGCAACAAAUCAGAUCAGGCCCAUCCCCCCAUACACCCAACCAAGCUGACCACAAAUCUCCAGGGAAACGAGGCGCGAGUAUAUGAGCUGGUCGUGCGCCACUUUCUGGCCUGUGUCAGCAAGGAUGCCGUCGGAUCGGAGACCAUUGUCAAUAUAGAUAUUGCCGGAGAGAAAUUUAGUGCCAAUGGCCUGGUCAUACACGAGCGCAACUAUUUGGAGGUCUACAUGUAUGACAAGUGGAGCGCCAAGCAGAUUCACCACUAUGAGCAUGGCCAGCGUUUUGAGCCCACUGAGAUUAUGCUGCAUGAGGGGGCAACAACAGCACCGCCAUUGCUCACCGAAGCGGAUCUUAUAGCGCUAAUGGAGAAGCAUGGCAUUGGCACAGAUGCAACGCAUGCUGAGCAUAUCAACACCAUCAAGGAGCGUGGAUACAUUGGCGUCGUGGACAAGGGUGCACUCAUACCGGGCGUAAUUGGCAUGGGUCUGUAUGAAGGCUACGAUGCUAUGGAAUUGGCGCUGGCGAAACCGCUCCUACGUGCUGAAUUCGAGUCGGAUCUGAAACGAAUUUGCUUGGGUGAAAAGGAUCCCAAGCUGGUGCUGCGCGAGCAAAUACAAAAGUAUAAAGAGGCCUAUCAGCAAAUUAUGGAUAAAAUCACAGCCAUGGAUGCCAAAAUCUCGCAACGUCUUAACGAAACUCCUGUGGCAUCAGCGUCCAAUUCCGCCGUGCCAGAAUCGGCCAAUAGCAUGAUUCGGGAACUCUUUCAGUGCCCUAAAUGCGAUCAGGCUCCUCUGGCGCUCAAGCCAAAAAAGAAUCCAGGCAGCUUCUUCAUAGGAUGCCUCAAUUUUCCCGACUGCAAGAACGUUGUGUGGAUGCCCGAGGAGUGCAAGGAGAUCAGCGUGCUGGAUGAGUGCUGUCCUCAAUGUGGCGAUGGUUACCACUUGCUCAAGUUCCGUUUUAGUACCCCCUACUAUCGUGGCCUCUUCAAUGCACCCCAUGGAUGGUACAAGAACUGCCUGCGCUGUGAUGAGUUGUUUCGAAGCACCUUCAACAUCAAUCUGGAUCAAGUAAAGCGUGUGGGCGGCAUUGUGGCACAGGCAACAAAUUCAGGUGCUGGUCCAGGACCGGGACCUGGUGGUGGUGGAGGAGGUACUGGUCCGGGUCCUGGUGGUGGUGGUGGUGGCUCUCGAGGAAGCGGUCCAGCAUGUGGAUGGGGUUCAUCAGGUGGCGGCAUCUCUUUGGGCACUCGAAAGACAACUAAACCAGGAGGAAACAAUGCCAAACCUACCAAGAAAACUGCAAGUAAAUCUACCACUCAAAAGGCAACCAGAACGAAACGAAACAACAAAACAAACAACACAACGACAACAACAACGGGAAGUGUAAGGAGCUACUUUACGGCCACCAGUUCAAGCAUUAGCCAGGACAAUGGCAGUCUCGAUGGCUUCUUUGAUAGCAAUGAUGGCUUCGAGGAAGAAAUGCUAGAAGCAGCAGCUAUGGCGGAGUCAACAGAUGCGCAACCCAUUGAUGAACUCGACGAGGAUAUUGCCGCUGCCUUUGCUGCCGAUGAUGAUGCGGACUUUGAGGCACUGGUGAGUGCAGGAGGCGAUAACUGGCCGCCGCCUCCCUCGCCCCCAGCAGCAGCAGAAGCUGCUGUGAAUUUGGACAGCAGUUUGACUCAAUGGGUGCGUAACGCCUACGAGGCCGAGGAGACGCCCAUGGUAUGGGGCAGGCAAGCACGUGCCGCUGCAGAGCCACAGCCGGUGGCAAAGCGCAUGCGGCUUGGUGAUAAUACGGCAGUAGAUCCUAUUGCGGCUGCUCCUUCGGUGGUGCUUUGCAGUGGCUGUCAUCAGCCGGCGCGUCAGCAUACUGUGCGAAAUGAUGGUCCCAACCAGGGACGACAGUUCUACAAAUGUCCCAAGCCCAAGGAGUGUAAAUUCUUUCAAUGGGCUGAUGAUCAGCCUCCAGCGCCUGGUAGUGUCAGCAACAACAAAGCCCGGGCAAUCAGUUCAUUAAGCAGUGGAAAUACCUCCUCCAGUUGGGGCACAUGCGGAGUGGAAAAUCAAAGGGCAGGCAACACAAGCGAUAGCGACUCUUGGGGCACAGGAGGAGCUGCACAGCAGAGAUCAGGCGAUUUACAACAUAGAGACUCCUGGAGCAGCGACAACAAAUCUUUAGGUUGGGGCACGGGCGGAUUGACAAAUAAAAGAGCAGAUUCUACCAAGAACACAGCCUCCUGCGGAUCAGCUGAAGCUGCACAGCGGAGCUCUCAGGAAACUGAACUAUGGGGCAGGGGCAGCAGCUCUACCAGUUGGGGGUCAGGUAGAGCUGAUAAUCAAAGAGCAGUCACCUCUAAUCAAACCACAUCUUGGGGCUCAGGCGGAGCUUCCCAACAAACGGCAAACAACUCUAAGGAAUCCAAUUCCUGGGGCAGCAGCAAAAACUCUUCAAAUUGGGCUAAAUCCCAGGCUACCAAUUCUUGGGGCAGUGGCAACAACUCCACUAAAUUUGAUUCUGGAAGUCGUAGCAACAACACCAACUCAAACAGCGGGAGUAACACCAAAAUGCGCGCCAAUUCUAGCAGUACGGUUACCAUUACCCAAAGCCACAAACCUGCCAGUUUAAAGGAUGUUAAAUGCAAUUGCGGCAAAGCCGCCAACAGCCUUAUAGUUCGCAAAGAUGGACCCAACCAGGGACGACCCUUCUUUGCCUGUCCAACGCGCGAAAAGAGUUGCGGCUUCUUCCAAUGGGGCGAUACGGAUGAGAGUCAAGGCAGCGGCGGCAAUCGACAAUCUCAGCAACAAGGCAGCGGUGAAACUACAAUAGGCGGCAGUCGAACCCGUCGGUGUGGACUAUGCCGCGAGGAGGGGCACACACGGAAUAAGUGUCCACGUAAAGGUGAAUUUGACUACUGAACAAACGAUAUGGAAUAAAUACAGUUUGAGCUGGUCAGAUUUCAUUAAAUAUAAUUUUAAACAUUUAUUGGAGUGAUAAACAGAUAUCGGUUGGUUAUAUACGAGUUAGUCAAACUCUUUCCCGUUGGAUUCUAAGCUUUAGUAUAUAGCAUGAAACGGGUUUGUAAAAUGCACACAAACGGUUAAAUUACACAUUCUGUACAUAUUAUUGUAUAUAUACGAUUUACAUAUAUCGUAAACUGACCCACAUGUUUACAAAAAAAAACUGUCCAUUAGAGCGUUGCUUAAGUUCAUUUGAAGAGAAAUAAACUCGCCAUACUUUU